AUUGAAAUUUGAAAACAUUAAACAAGACAAGAAAUCCUCUUAUACUUCAAAAUAAAAAUAUAAAGAUAAAACAAGACAAAAAAAAACAAAAACAAAAACAAAAGGCAUUGUUGUUGAGAGAGAGUUCGUGGGUUGCCUCGUUCUCCCUAGCAUAACUUCGCUGUCGUUUUACAGAAUUAUUGUUGCCGUUUUAGUCUCUUCUUUCGACAUUCCUCUCUCUCUCUGAAUUCAACAUGAACGACCUUCUUACUGAUUCAUUUGUUAGUGAGGCUACUAAUGGGCAGCCUUCUAGACAAGGUGAUAUUGAAAUGGGAAUGCAGGUUCCAGGAAGCAAUUCUGAUAUGGGAAUGGAAGCUUUUAAUAAACAGAUCCAAGACGCCGAUAAACAAAUUGAGAAGCUAUCUGUGCUACUUCAAAAGCUAAAGGAAGCUAAUGAGGAAUCAAAAGCUGUUACAAAGGCAUCUUCCAUGAAGGCUAUCAAGAAGAGGAUGGAAAAAGAUAUCGAUGAAGUUGGAAAGAUUGCAUAUGGUGUCAAAGCGAAAAUUGAAGCUAUCAACCGAGAAAAUCUGAACAAUAGACAAAAGCCUGGCUGUGAGAAGGGAACCGGUAUUGAUAGAGCAAGGAUGAAUAUGACAAAUUCCUUGACUAAAAAAUUCAGGGAUCUUAUGACAGAGUUUCAGACUCUGAGACAAAGAAUACAAGAUGAAUAUCGUGAGGUUGUGGAGAGAAGAGUUAUUACAGUCACGGGAACUAGGCCAGAUGAUGAGACGAUUGACCACCUGAUAGAAACUGGAAACAGCGAGCAAAUCUUCCAACAAGCAAUUCUUGAAGCUGGCCGAGGACAGGUAGUGAACACGGUAGAAGAAAUUCAGGAGAGACACGAUGCUGUGAAAGAAAUCGAGAAAAAACUUCUUGAUUUACAUCAGAUUUACCUCGACAUGGCAGUCUUAGUUGAUGCUCAAGGAGAAAUUUUAGACAACAUUGAAAGCCAGGUCAACAAUGCAGUAGAUCAUGUCCAGAGAGGGACAACUGCACUUCAAAGUGCUAAGAAACUCCAGAAGAACUCUCGAAAAUGGAUGUGCAUUGCCAUCGUGAUCCUGUUAAUAAUAGUAGCUAUCAUAGUUGUCGGUGUUAUCAAACCUUGGAAGAGUAACAAGGGCGCUUGAGUCCGAGUCCCUUUGUCUGUUGUCUAUAUAUAAGAGUUGUGUUGGCUUGGUUGGUCACGAAAGCAUUUGCAUGUGUCGGCGGGAACAUCAUAGAACAGGAUUUUUUAUAAGACCUUUUUUUUAGUAUGUUGCUUGAUUUGUGUGGUGUGAUUUGUCUUCUGACUUAGUAAUACAUCGGUGUGUGUCACAAUAUGAAAUUCUUAUUCUUUGUAGCCCACAAAUGUUUAUCAGGCCUCUUAUCACAUUGUGUAUUGUACCAUUCUAAAGAUGGUUUUGCUGCCA